UUCUAACCUUACCUAGUAAGUCACACUUGCUCACUCAAAAAGUUGUCACCAUUUUGAGACACCAAAUGUAGUUUGUUCCCCUUUGCUAAAAAACACCACAUAAUUAACCGACUCUGUCAUGCUCAAUUCAACCAAUCGCUUCUUAUUUCUUCCUUUUUUCUUCUUCUUCCUCAUUUCCGUUCCCUCCUUUCAACAAAAAUGCUUAGCUUCAGCCUCCUCCCUUCAUGAAAGGAGCUUCCAUAGACCUGAUCCUUUGCGUCAUUUCAAAAACUACAAUGGAGAUUUCGAUGUUCGAAACAAGCAUUAUGUGGCUUCUGCGGCAUUUACAGGAGUCCACGGAUACGCAUUUGCCUGCGUCUGGUUGCUAUGUGGGUUGGCUUUGGCCAUUUUCAUGAUAGUGAAGUAUCUAUGCGGUGGCUCAGUUUCAUUACCUUGUUUGAACCAUUACUAUCUCCACAUUUUCUUCCUACUCCUCUUCUUCACCUCUCUCGCCAUAGUUGCUUCCAGUUUUGUUCUGGCCACGAGUCAGAAGACCCUGCGGAGGACAGAAAAACUUAAAGAAUCUGUGGUUGGUAUAGGAGAAGAUGCUCUUGGGACCAUAAGCAAAGUCAUAAAAACAACCAACCAAAUGCAGUUCCUUUUGCUUCCGUAUAAUCCACAGAUAUGUGCGAGUUUGAAUUCCACCACUCAAGACCUCAGAAGCAACUCCCGUGUGAUACGCCGUUUUAUUGACAAAAGUGGACAAUCAAUCGAUAAGGCCACUCAUACUUCGUACAUAGCACAUUUUGUUGUUUUAACCAUCAACUUAGUGACACUGGUUGCAGCAUUAGUUCUAAUGCUAUUGCAUUGGCGUCCUGGAUUCAUAAUCAUAAUUUUUUGCUUUUGGAUCUUAACAAGCCUGUGCUGGUUCUUGACUGGAUUUGAUUUCUUCCUUAACACCUUUGCAGAUGAUGCAUGCUCGGCUUUUGAAGACUUCGAAGAAAACCCACAAAACAGUAGCCUAGGUUCGAUGUUGCCAUGCAUUGAUGAAUCUUUCUCUGGAAAAUUGAUAGCUAAUAUUGGCUAUACCAUCCAUAGGUUCAUAGUUGAGUUGAAUACUAAUAUGUCGGUGAUUUAUCGGCUCCUAGGAAUAAGUGAAGAAAAUGAAGAACUAAUGGGAGCCAUAAAAAUUUGUGAUCCUUUCUCUGGUGCCUUAAACUUUAGUUAUGUUCCACAGAGCUGUCCUCAAGAUGCCAUUCGGAUUGGUGAUUUGUCUAAAAUUCUUGCACAGAUCACAUGUCACAAAGAGGUGAGCACAAGAGAAGAAUGCAGAAAAGAGGGGAGAUUUCUUCCAGAAGCUUCAUAUAACAUGGCUCAUGCCUAUAGUAGAUCCAUCCAGGAUUUGUUGGAUAUAUAUCCUGACUUGCAAACACUGGCAAAAUGCACAGUUGUGAAGAACAAAGUUGCUGAAAUUGUGUCACAUCAAUGCAGGCCAAUAAGAAUGUCAACUAAAUUGUUAUGGUCAUCUAUGCUGUCUCUCUCCAUUAUUAUGGUAGUCUUGGUAUUCACCUGGCUGGUUGAGGCUCUUCAAUGCUCGGGAAAACCCCCCCCUUCAAUAUGUUCCAGGAGCCCCAGAUCAAUAUAGGAAAUUUUCUUUAUUUUCAAACUUAAAAGGGUAGAAAAUCAAAGAUAAAAGUAGUUUUCUUUCUUUUUCUUUUUUUCUUUUUAGGUGGGAGGGGGGUGUAUAAAUUAAUUUGCCUUUUUUGAGUUAUUUUGUUCCAAUUUCAGUUUAAUAACAGGGAAAAUAGCACUCCAAGCAAGUCGUAAGACAAAAGUUGGAGAAUGAUGUAAAGAAAUAAAAUAAUUUGUUGAAGUGUGAAUAUUGCUUCU